AUGGCAAUCGUAAAAGAGGCAGACGAUCAGGAUAUCAGUGACAAUGAUUAUCGCAAUCUUAGAAAUAUUCUAAAAGCACACUAUCAUGAUUUGUUAAUCAACCGUGCUCGUGGUCAUCCACUUGCAACUGAUGAUGAUGAUGAUGAUAAUGUUGCUGAUCAUGAUCUUCGCGCUUCUGGCUCGAUUAAUGAUCGUGCUAUUUUAACUCAUGAAUUUCGUGCUGCUAAAGGUCGUCGUCGUCGUGCUGCGUAA